UGUCAUAACUGUGGGACGACUACAACGCCUCUAUGGCGAAGAGAUGAAGGGGGAAAUACAAUUUGUAAUGCCUGUGGCUUGUAUUUCAAACUUCAUCACGUUCACAGACCUAUUACAAUGAAAAAGGCAGUUAUUAAGAGGCGAAAGCGG